CGUCCGAACUGUGGAUGGUGUCACGAUACCUAAGCUGCUACUGAUUACCCUCAUAUAAAAACGGGGCACAUUGAAUUUACAGCUCCCAUAUAGCACUGAUCAUCUGACGGAAAGCAGAAACUCAUCAUGUCAUUUAGAGACCUAAGGAACUUCACAGAAAUGAUGCGAGCACUGGGCUAUCCUCGCCUGAUAUCCAUGGAAAAUUUCAGGACGCCCAACUUCACCUUGGUGGCUGAGAUCCUGAUCUGGUUGGUAAAGAGAUACGAGCCACAAAUGGAUAUUCCCAGUGAUGUUGAAUCUGAGUCUGACCGGGUUUUCUUCAUUAAAGCAGUGGCUCAGUUCAUGGCUAUAAAGGCCCACAUCAAGGUGAACACGAAGCGGCUGUACCAGGCAGAUGGCUAUGCAGUGAAGGAGAUGCUGAAGAUAACCUCUGUGCUGUAUAGUGCAAUGAAGACCAAAGAAAUGGCCACAGGGGACAAACUUGAGGAGGACAGCAGCAAGUUCAAGUUUGACCUGGGAUCCAAGAUUGCAGACUUGAAAGCAGCACGACAGCUGGCUUCAGAGAUCACAUCUAAAGGAGCCACGCUGUAUGACCUGUUGGGGAAGGAGGUGGACCUAAGGGAAAUGAGGACUGCUGCCAUUGCAAGACCCCUGGAGAUCAAUGAGACUGAAAAGGCCCUGAGAGCUGCCAUCAAAGAGGUCCUGGAAAAUGUCCAGAAGACCAAGGAUAUGCUGAACAAUGUGUCAUCAGAUGAGUCCAGCCUGGAGGCCAAGAUCGAGAAGAAGAAGCAGGAGCUGGAGAGGAACCAGAAGCGCCUGCAGACCCUACAGAGUGUACGGCCUGCAUUCAUGGAUGAGUACGAAAAGAUAGAAGAGGACCUACAGAGGCAAUACGAGAUUUACGUGGAGAAGUUCCGCAACCUGAGCUUCCUGGAGCAGCAGCUGGAGGACUACCACAGGCUGGAGCAGGAGAGGUUUGAGGAGGCGGAGAACAGCCUGAGAAUGAUGCAGAACAAACUGCGAGAGGAGGAGCGGAGCCUGAUGAGGAGUGGAGCUAAAGACGAAGAUUCAGACAUGGACAUUCCAGAGGACGAGGGCUCCGACAGUGACAUGGAGGAUCGUAGGCCUCCCAAACCUCGCCCCGCCCGGAAUGGUCCCUUGCCAGGGAGAGCUGGAGCCCGGUUUGUGGGUACAAUGCACGGAGACAGUGAAGAGGAUGAGUCUGAGGACAGCGAGAUCGACGUGGAUGAGGAUGACGAGGAUGAGGAGGGAGAAGAGGAAGAGAAUGAGGAUCUGGAGGACAACGACAGCCUGGAAGUGCCAGCACCCAAAGCCUCCCGGCCCCCUCAUGGCACCCACCGGCCUGAGCUCCUUGACGAGAGCGACAACGACUUCUGAGAAGCGGAUACCGGGUGCUUUGUCACAGACACACUCACACAAAUGCCACAAGCUCUCAAAGGCACAGCACAGCCAAGUCUCAUGUAUGUACUCCCAUACAAUAUCCCUCGGUCACUCUGAAACUCAACGUGGUACAACUUAAAACCAACAAAGAAACUUGUACUAGAUGAGACCUGUGCAUUCAUGAAUACACCCACCAGUCCUUACUCCAGUUCUGACCCUGUGGGCUUACUGUGUUGAAUAUUACAGUUCACUUACAUUGUGUGGCUGUAGGGUACUGCAUACAAAACAUUUUGACCAAAUAUUUAUUUUCAUCAUUUAGAAUCAUUAGCAUUAUAAAAGUAUGUUUUGACACAUUUAAAGUACAAUUCAACCGCAGUUUUGUAACUGUAUA